AUGUGGUUAAAUUCGCUCUCUCCAUCUCCACCUCUUCAAACUGGACCACAGGCGCGCACUAAUUUCUCAAAAUUCCGUGGAAGCUCUUCAAAACGACUGUGUUUGAGCACUGGAGUUUCAAUGAAUUCGCAACAGCAGAAUGGGAUUAUUGGAGAGAACGAUGGAGUGAUCAUUGUUGACCAUGGGUCGCGUCGUAAGGAAUCUAAUCUCAUGCUAAAUGAAUUUGUUGCCAUGUUUAGAGAUAAAACUGGAUAUCCAAUUGUAGAACCUGCUCACAUGGAGCUGGCAGAACCAUCAAUAAGAGAUGCAUUUGGUUCAUGUGUUCAGAAAGGUGCAAAGCGGGUGAUUGUGAGUCCAUUCUUUCUUUUUCCUGGACGGCAUUGGCACCAGGAUAUACCUUCCCUGACUGCUGAAGCUGCUAAGGAGCACCCUGGUGUAUCAUAUAUUGUAACUGCACCGCUUGGAUUGCAUGAUCAACUCGUGGAUGUUGUGAAUGAUAGAAUUAAACACUGCUUAAGCCAUGUAGCAGGAGAUGCAGAUGAAUGUGCAGUAUGUAUUGGAACAGGAAAGUGCAAAUUUUAUUAGUUUAUGCAGCGACAAAUCAAACUUGUAUUGACCCGGCUUACCGUGCCAGAUAGCUAAUGCUGUUCUCAGCGCAAGAACUGUGAGACUUAUGGAAAUUGAAUGCGAAGAUUUUAAUUUAACGAGAGACUUGAUCUUUGGGAAGAAACCAAGUAAACAUGGGUUCCAAUCAGCAGUAUAUGCAACUAUACUUCUCAUCUAUGUUGCACGAAAAAUUUCCGAAUCACAUGUUUCAGCAUUUUAUUUCCGUAUUUGUAAGCGCUUUUGAAACUCCAAACUGUAUAUUUAUAAUCUAUACUUUUAAAAAAUGCCGAUUCAUUGUUUUUUGUUCCA